GUGGGAGCUCAGCAAAGCAAACAACGUGGGAAGGAGGGCACCGGGUCCCAGCACUGGUGUAUUGGCCCGGCCACAUCCCUGCCAAGCGGACAAGCCGUGCCCUGCUCAGCACUCUGGACAUCUUCCCUACGCUGGUGGCUCUGGCUGGGGCGGCGCUUCCCCCGAACAGGCGCUUUGAUGGCUUGGAUGUGUCUCCGGUGCUCUUUGGGUGGUCGGAUGUGGGGCAUAAGGUUCUGCUCCAUCCCAACAGUGGGGCAGCUGGGAAGGAUGGUGGGAUAGAGGCGCUGCGGCUGGCUCAGUACAAGGCCUUUUACACCACAGGAGGAGCAAUGGCUUGUGAUGGGAGCACCGGGCCGGCCGAGCAUCACCCCCUCAUUUUCAAUCUGGAUCACGAUAUCCAAGAGCAGGAGCCUCUGGACAUGGCAUCCAGAGAGUACGAGGAGGUGCUGCCUGCAAUCAGCAGGGCUUAUGCCCAGGCCCUGGAGGACAUUGCAACAGACAACACCUCGGUUGCAGAUUACUCCAAGGACCCGGCCGUGACGCCCUGCUGUGACCCACAGCACGUGGCCUGUCGGUGCCACGCAUGGAUCACGAUAUCCAAGAGCAGGAGCCUCUGGACAUGGCAUCCAGAGACACGUGGCCUGUCGGUGCCACGCACCCGGAGCUCACGGAGCCGCGAGGGACCAUCGCAUGGAGAGGAGACCAACGCGACUCCUGUGUCUCUAAGUGAAUGGCUGCCCCGGCUGCUCCGCUCCUGA